GUUGUUGUUAUUGUUUGAAUCUAAUCAAAUAGUUUUAAUUUUGUUUACAUAUUAUGUGUUAGGAUAUCCAUUUUAUGCUUAAUUUUAAGUGUUAUCAGUGACGUGUAAGUUAGUCUACAGAACAACGAUAACGCAGUUGUAUUUUACAGCUAAGAAUUACAAUAAAUAGCUUGGUAAAAAUGACUGAAUACGGUCCGGAGCAUCCAAGAAACCUAAUCCCAGAGCUUUGCAAUCAGUUCUACCAUUUAGGAUGGGUUACCGGCACAGGUGGUGGGAUAUCUAUCAAAGAAGGUAACAAAAUCUACAUUGCACCAUCUGGGGUACAGAAAGAGAGAAUGAAGGCAGAUGAUCUUUUUGUGCAGAAUAUAAAUGAUGAAGAUUUGGAACUGCCACCACCAGAAAAAAAUCUGAAGAAGAGCCAAUGCACGCCGCUGUUCAUGCUGGCGUACCGCGAGCGCGGCGCCGGCGCCGUCAUCCACACGCACUCGCCGCACGCCGUGCGCUGCACGCUGCUGCACGACCACGAGUUCGUCAUCACGCACCAGGAAAUGAUCAAGGGUAUAAAAGACGCUUCCCUGGGACGCUACUUAAGAUACGACGAGAAAUUAGUAGUUCCAAUAAUAGAGAACACGCCCUUCGAGAAGGAUCUAGCAGGCAGCCUGGCGGAGGCCCUGCGGACCUACCCUGGCACCAGCGCCGUGCUGGUGCGGAGACACGGGGUCUAUGUGUGGGGAGACACUUGGCAACAGGCGAAGACCAUGACGGAAUGUUACGACUAUCUGUUCGAAAUGGCGGUAGAAAUGAAGAAACUCGGACUCGAUCCAGCCCACAACCCCGAUACAGUAAAGAAUGGAAGUAAAUAGUGUAAAAAAAAUGUCAAAUAAAUCCUCAAUAAUAAUUGUGAUUGUUAUAUUAAGCUGAAAU